AUGAAGAACUGCACUGACAGCAACACGCUGCGGAAUGGCACUAUACUGCUUCAACUGAUUGUCUACAUCCCUGUGCUCUCCCUGGGGAUCCCACUGAACUUGAUCGCCUUCUGGGUCUUCUGCUGCAAAAUCAAGAGGUGGACUGAGACCAGAGUGUACAUGAUCAACCUCACAGUUGCGGACAGUUUCCUUCUCUUUGCCCUGCCUUUCAUGAUAUAUUUUCACAAGUACAGCCACCCCAUAGACAAGCUGUGCUUGGCCAUACGCAGCAUAUAUUUUAUAAACAUGCCCAUGAGCAUCCUCAUCAUCACCCUGAUUGCAAUCGAUCGAUACAUUGCAAUCAAGUUCCCGCUGAAAGCAAAGGUCCUUCGAUCGCCGCUGAAAUCAGCUUCUGUCUGUGGGUUUCUCUGGAUAGUGAUGGUAAUUAAUUCUUACCUGCACCCACAAUUUUAUGAAAGAUCAGAACAAUUCUGCCUCGACAAACAAUCUAUUCAACCUAAUUAUUCAAUGGUACUCACCAGUGUUUUGGGCUAUUUCAUUCCCUUGGGGACUGUGAUUUUUUGCUCGGUACAAGUCAUCAGAUGUCUCAAGAAGAAGAUUGACAAUGGUCCUCAUGAGAGAAAGUUUAUCCAGAAAGCAAUCCACAUUGUUUCUGUGAACUUGUGUGUAUUCAUCAUAUGCUUUUCACCUCUCUAUAUCACACUGAUCUUGCGGUUUGCAGUGGAUGUUGCUAGAGCUUGUUCUCUGCUCCCGGCAGUUAACUUCUGCAUGCACGUGUCUGCGUGCUUCGCAAACUGUAACUGCUGUUUGGAUGCAUUUUGCUAUUACUUUGCAGCCAAGGAAUUUCAGGAAUUUCCUUCUCUGCUCCCUGCCUGUUUGUCAGUGAGGUCCAAGGUGAACCAAAGAAAAGAGUCACAGCCACCCACACACCAAGUCACGACACAAAUAAGCUGUAGUCCACUAUAG